AUGGAUACGAACAUGGAGGACGUUGGGCGCGUGCCCACCGAGCUGACCUCGUCCAACAUCGAGCCGGCCACCAUCCCGACCCUCGACGGCUGGAUUGAGAGCUUGAUGCAAUGCAAGCAACUGGCUGAAGCAGAUGUCCAGAGACUCUGUGAAAAGGCGCGUGAAGUUUUGCAAGAAGAAUCCAACGUACAACCCGUUAAAUGCCCCGUCACCGUCUGCGGCGACAUCCACGGACAGUUCCACGAUUUGAUGGAACUCUUCAAGAUUGGCGGGCCGAACCCGGAUACCAACUAUCUCUUCAUGGGGGAUUAUGUCGAUCGAGGGUACUACUCGGUCGAGACUGUCACCCUGCUUGUGGCGCUCAAGAUCCGAUACCCGCAGCGCAUCACCAUCCUGCGCGGCAACCACGAAUCCCGCCAAAUCACACAGGUAUACGGCUUCUACGACGAAUGCCUGCGCAAAUACGGCAACGCCAACGUGUGGAAGUACUUUACCGACCUUUUCGACUACCUCCCACUCACCGCCUUGAUCGACAACCAGAUCUUUUGCUUGCACGGUGGUCUGUCGCCCAGCAUCGACACACUCGACAACAUCAGAGCCCUGGACCGGAUCCAGGAGGUGCCCCACGAGGGGCCCAUGUGCGACCUGUUGUGGUCUGACCCCGACGACCGGUGCGGCUGGGGAAUCUCACCCCGCGGCGCGGGCUACACUUUCGGCCAGGACAUAUCAGAGGCGUUCAACCACAACAAUGGGCUUACCCUGAUUGCCCGGGCACAUCAGCUUGUCAUGGAGGGCUACAACUGGUCGCAAGACCGUAAUGUGGUGACCAUCUUCUCUGGUUGGUUCCCCACGACGUGGUGUUACCGCUACCAUUCACUGACCUGA